AUGGCGAUCACUGAACUGAUUUUUCCACGUGUUAAAACUGACCAGGCGACACUAGAGGAGCUAGAGAGAGACUGGCCAAAACUGAGCAAAAGAUUAACCGACCCUAACCCCGGCUUGCUUCACGCAUCUCGCGGAUGGGUCUUGACGGAGAAUGGAAAGGACGCGAGAGACGCAUUCAAAGAGGUUUUGCUUUUUGAAUGGAACGAGGCUGAUUCAUUCCAUGCCUUCGUUGGCUCUGAGCAAUUUGGUGCAUUCGCUGCCUCUAUUAGGCAUUUGGUGACCGGGCCGCCCACCCUACAACUCUUUGAAACAAACGAAUCUCCUAAAGAGGCAGCCUCAGCAGCCGUAGUUGAGAUCAUCCGGGUGGGAGUGUCGAAUUCGAAGGAUACUGAGGCUUCACUCCAAGCCUGGAGAAAGAUAUCUCAUUUUCUCGCCAGCAAAGAAGGGGCUCAAGCUCAUGUCACGUUUGGCAAAAGUUUGAAUUUGGAGGAAGAGAUCUUUGUUGGUAUUAUAGGAUGGCUGAACUUUGAUGAUCGCAUUCGAGUGUCUCAAGAGGGGGAAUUCGUGGAUGCUUUGAACACGUUGAAGUCCUUUGGGGAUGUCUCGAAUAUAACUGUUGGUAUUGAUGCGAUGGAGCUCUAG